GCUCUUCUUCCUCCUCUUCUUCUCAUCAGCCAUCAGCAGGUUGCUACUGUCAGCUUCUUCUCAACUCAGCCCAAGAACUCUCUGCCUUCUCUGGAUCAGUUUGGUUGAUGGAGGGAGCUGGGAAGAAAGUUUUCACAGUUCAGGUGGAGGAUGGAAAGCCCAGGAAGGAUGGCCGGCCGGCGGUAGGGCCAGUGUUCCGGAGUGCACUGUCAAAGGAUGGAUUCCCUCCACUUGAGCCUGACAUGAAAACCUCCUGGGAUGUGUUCAGGGUCGCAGCAGGAAAGUACCCAGAUAAUCGGAUGCUCGGAUGGCGUCCGGUCAAAGAUGGAGUGAUAGGACCAUACAUAUGGAAAUCAUACAAGGAAGUGUAUGAUGAAGUCCUGCAAGCUGGCUCUGCUUUGCAGCAUCUGGGGGUGAAGCCAGGUUCCCGGAUUGGAAUUUAUGGCUCAAACUGCCCUCAGUGGAUAGUAGCAAUGCAGGCUUGCAAUGGUUACAGCUUAAUCUGUGUCCCACUUUACGAUACUUUAGGUGCGGGAGCUGUUGACUUCAUUAUUGACCAUGCUGAAAUAGAUGUCGUCUUCGUUCAGGACAAGAAAAUAAAAGAAGUACUCUCCCCAAAUUGCAAGUCUGCUAAGAGGGUUAAAGCAUUGGUGGCAUUCACUUCGGGAACAAGUGAAGAAAUCACAAGUGCUGACGACAUUGGGAUGAAGCUGUACUCAUGGAAUGAUUUCUUAAAAAUGGGAAAGGAUAAUCCAGCCCAACCUUGUUCUCCAAAACCAAAUGAUACAUGCACUAUUAUGUACACAAGUGGGACAAGUGGACAACCCAAAGGAGUCAUGCUUAGCCAUGAGAGUCAUGCCAUGUAUGUAAAAGGGGUGGACCUCUUCAUGGACCAGUUCGAUGAUAAGAUGACAACAGAUGAUGUGUUUCUUUCCUUUCUACCACUUGCUCACAUCCUUGACCGCAUGAUCGAAGAGUAUUUCUUUCACAAAGGAGCCUCAGUUGGCUAUUACCAUGGAGAUUUGAAUGCCUUGCGAGAUGAUCUCAUGGAGCUAAAGCCAACUCUACUGGUUGGGGUGCCUCGAGUGUAUGAAAAAAUUUAUGAAGGUAUCUUAAAGGCCCUGUCAGAACUCCGACCACUCAGAAAGAUAAUUUUCAAUGCGCUGUACAACCGCAAACUGGCGAACAUGAAAGCAGGCUUCACACAUAAAACUGCUUCACCUUUUGCAGAUAUGCUGGCUUUCCGCAAGGUCAAGGCAAGACUCGGUGGUCGUCUUCGCCUAUUAAUCUCUGGUGGGGCUCCCUUAAGUAAUGAGAUUGAAGAGUUCUUGAGAGUAACCAGCUGUGCAUACUUCGUCCAAGGCUAUGGUUUAACAGAAACGCUGGGACCUAGCACGGUGUGUUACCCUGAUGACAUGUCCCUAAUUGGAACUGUUGGUGUGGCUGCUACCUACACUGAAUUGCGAUUGGAAGAAGUGCCUGAGAUGGGUUAUGAUCCACUUGGUACUCCUUCCCGUGGUGAAAUCUGCGUCCGAGGAAACUUCUUCACUGGAUAUUAUAAAGAUCCUGAGCUCACAAAUGAGGUCGUGACUGAUGGAUGGUUUCACACAGGAGACAUUGGAGAGAUGAACUCAGAUGGGAUAUUGAAGGUAAUUGACCGAAAGAAAAACAUAUUCAAGCUGUCACAAGGGGAGUAUGUUGCAGUUGAAUACCUGGAGAAAGUAUAUGUUUUCCCUCCAACUGUUGAAGAUAUCUGGGUAUAUGGGGACAGCUUCAGAUCAAUGUUAGUGGCAGUUGUUAAUCCACAUGAAGAGAACACCAUGAAAUGGGCAGCUUCAAACGGCUUGAAGGGUUCUUUUGCUGAAAUCUGCAAGACUGAAGGCCUUAAAGAGUAUAUCCUGAAAGAGCUGCAAUCUGUUGCAGCCAAGAACAAGCUACGAGGUUUUGAGUAUGUCAAAGGUAUAGUGUUGGACCAUGUUCCCUUUGACAUUGAAAGGGAUUUGGUGACUGCAACAAUGAAAAAGAGAAGAAACAACUUGCUAAAAUAUUAUAAGCCUGAGAUUGAGAAAGUAUACCAAAAACUAGAGGAACAGAGGGCUGCUGCCAAAUCAAAGUAAAGAAAGUUCUUUGGACACAAGAUGGAAUGCCAGAAUGCCAUUGUAAAUCUUCAAUUGAACUUUAGUACUCAAGGUUACAUGAAUGCAAUAAAAUGUACAUUGCGAGA